AUGGUUUCCUCCAAGUCUCUUCUUCUCUUUGGCCUCGGCCUUUUUGCUGGUGUCCAAGCAUGCAUCGUAGUCGACGGGAUGGUCUCAGAUGGUCUUAGCACUCAGUUCGAAGUCGACUUGACUGAUGACGGCACCAAGACUUGUACUUUCACGUGUUCAGGCGCCAUUGACGAUUGUACUGGUGACUGUAAUCACGGUUACUCAGCCAAAGCAAAAACUGGCUACGACUUUAAUACUGGCGGCCCUCUUGUUAUUGAUUAUUCAACCCCUCACGGGGACUAUUCCGUCAGUGUUGAGAAUACUAGUCAUGAUUGUAUGAACUGCUGCGGUGGAACUAUCCCAUGCACUUGUUGUCAGAACAAGUACGGUGGGUCGUUCUUUGGGUGCUAG